GCACUGCGCCGGGCGAGCCCUCCGCGCCAUGGCUUCUCGGGGCGUCGUUGGCCUUUUCUUGCUCUCUGCUCUCCCUCUCUUGUGUCUGGAGCUCCGGCGCGGGAUCCCGAGUCUCGGAAUUAAAGACCUCGUUUUGCUGAGUGGCCGGAUAUUCCUACUGCUGGCCCUGCUUACGUUAGUCAUUUCCGUGACCACUUCCUGGUUUAACUCACGGAAACCUUCCCAAGGUCAUCCUUCCCAAGGUCAUCUGAAAGAAGGAGAAAAGGAGAAUGAGAAAAGGCAGAGACUCGUCAGGGAAAGACAACAGGAAGCCCAGGGUGAGAAGGCCAGCAGAUAUAUACAGAAUGUUUUAAAGCCUCAGCAGGAAAUGAAGUUGAAGAAACUGGAGGAGCGGCUUUAUCAGAUGACGGGGGAGAGCUGGAAGCUGACCACCGGCCACCGCCUCCUCAAGGGGGAUGAAGAUUCGGAGUUUGAAAAUUCAAGUCAGGCAUCUUUUGAAACAAUAAAUGGAGAGGCAGCAAGAAGACAGAACUUGCCUAAGUUUUCAACUGAAAUUUCACCACCUGCUCAGCCACCCCUGAGGAAGGAGGUUCCUGAUUUACCUGAAGAACCAUCAGAAACAGCUGAAGAGGUAGUUACUGUUGCCCUUCGAUGCCCAAAUGGACGAGUUUUGAAGAGAAGAUUUUUCAAGUCGUGGAAUUCCCAGGUCUUAUUUGACUGGAUGAUGAAAAUUGGGUACCACAAAUCCCUAUACAGCCUUUCGACUUCCUUUCCCAGAAGGCCCCUGGAAGUGGAGGGAGGCUUGUCCCUGGAGGACAUAGGAAUAACUGUGGACACUGUACUUAACGUGGAAGAGAAAGAGCAGAGCAGCCACUGAAGAGAUCAGAGGCACCCGUUGUCCUUCCACAGGGCGGUUAUCACGUUCAAGCCACUCUGCACCUUGAGCUCCUCUUGUCCACAGGUGUCCACACCCCCACACCGUGGAUGAGGACUGCUUUGCACGUGAGGUCUGUGGCCUCUGUCAUCUUAUAAUGUGAAACGAGUAAGACGGACACCUGAUGUCGGCCUCAGCCAGGCAUGGUGGGACAUGCCUCAACUCCUACAAUUUCUGAGUUAAUUAGACCAUCUUCAAACCAAACCAAACCCUAGCUCAUAUAAGAACUGAUUCCUGCUUGUGUCUGCCUUACCAUAUAGUAUUUCACAAUUCAGUCAAAAUCUAAGGAGGAAUGAAGAUUCUAUUGUAUUUCUAAAUAUUUAAAGAACUUCCAGAGCCAACUGAUCCUAUAUAAUUUUGACUUAGAUCUGGGGAUGAAGGUUUGAUCCAUGAACUUUGGGGAACAUAUUGAAACUACAGUAAACAAGGCCAUUGUUGUUAAGUGCGUUUGGAAGGUGAGCUGUUGUUUGUGUAUGAGCUGAUGCCCUAAGAGCAUCUCUCAACCUGUAGGGUCUUGUGGGGCUCACAGGGGUGCAUCUAAGACCCUCUGCAUGGGAUUUACAUGAUGAUCCAUAACAGCAGCAAAAUUGCUUAUAAAGUAGCAACAAAAUAAUUUCAUGGUUGGGGGUCACCACAAUAUAAGGCAAUGUAUUAAAGGGUUGCAGUAUUACAGAGGUUGAAAACUU